AUGCUGUGCGCCAACGAUACGCCGUUGUUCGACUUCUCAAGCAAUUCCACGAAACGUUUCAUACAAUUUUUAGCCACAUUUCAACAAGCCUACGCUCCAGUACAUGGUUUGAUAUGUGUGGCGAUAUGCUCAUUUGGGAUCAUCACCAACUUAGUGCAUGUUCUCGUGCUGACACGACCCUCAAUGCGUUGUUCGGCUGUCAAUUGCGUACUGACGGCUGUCGCUAUUUGCGAUAUGGGCACCAUGGCUUCGUAUUUUGUUUACAUAUGGCACUUUGUACUGCAUAAAACAUCGGCUUGUUCACCGACAUAUUCACAUUUGUGGAUGCAGUUUCUACUGUGGCAUGUUGUUCUGAGCAUUGCACUUCAUACCACUUCGCUGUGGUUAGCUGUUGCAAUGGCGUUCAUUAGGCGAAUGACACUGAAAGUGGCUAGACUUAACAGUAAAUGGCAACGACCGCAAUUCGCAUGGCGUGUUUGUUCGGGUGUAUAUGUUACGGUAUUUGUUCUGUGCAUACCAACACUGCUGGUUCACGACAUAGUCGAGUACCCGCAGGCCGAAUGGCAUCCUCCAGCAUCGUGUGAACACUAUUAUCCUGCUAACUAUUCGGCUAAAUUAUACACACUUCAUGUACGCAUAACAAAUUACUUCUCUUUUGAUCCUUAUAAAACAUAG